AUGACGAGUUCUUUAAUACAAUUAUUGGCUGCUGAUAAACUUACCGAGGAGGAAUGUCCUCCCGUUCUUAACUCAAAUGCAAACCGAAAUGUUCGGGAUGCAUAUGACAAAUGGAUCAGGGCUAACGAGAAAGCACCUGCCUAUAUACUUGCCAACAUAUCUGAUGUAUUGGCUAGGAAACAUGAGAGCGUGAGAACUACCAAAGAGAUUAUGGAAUCUCUUCGUGGGAUGUUUAAACAACUAUCUUUCUCCUUGAGGCAUGAUGCAAUCAAAAAUGUUUACAAUUGCCAUAUGAAAGAAAGAGCCUCUGUUAGAGAACAUGUCCUGGACAUGAUGGUCCAUUUCAACGUGGCAGAAGUAAACAGUGCUGUCGUUGAUGAGAAGAGUCAAGCUUACCAGACCAUGAUGAGAGCAAAAGAACUAGAACCAGAGGUAAAUGUUACUACUGCAGAAAAAAGAGGAUCAUCCUCUAAUAAGCCUGAUAUUGCUUCUUCUUAA